AUGUCUCUAGGACCCAUCUGCGAGCUCUCGCAAGAGCUAAUCAACGCCAUUGUGGACAUAAUAUACGAGGACGUAAGCCGAGAGCCGUGGACGGUCACGCUAGCCAUGCACCACCUCUAUUCCUACCCACUCAUAUGCAGCGCCUUCCUACACCGAUCUCAAUCGCAUAUUUUCGCGGAGAUAAGGCUGGGGAAGAAGGAUGGUGACAAACAGAAUCGCUCUCACCGUAACAAGGUCCUCGCAAAACUACUAGCACGGAACCCGCACCUUGCAGACCAUAUCCAUUCCCUUCAUCUCACGCUGCCCAAGAAAGAUAACGCGUGGAUUCACAAGGAUCAGCAUUUUCUUCGCGUUUUACCCCUCAUCACGGACAACGGCCGACGACUGAAAAAGUUGACGAUAUAUGGUUAUGUCGAUGGCUACAUCAAGAAUCCGGACAAGGCGGCUGCUCGUUUCUUCCGGCCUUACAUUUCCUCCUCAAUUUCCUCGCUGCAUCUCUCCUGGAUGUCGAAAUUCCCUUUAGACAUAUUGAAAUCCCUCAUACGGUUGAAGCACCUGAAGCUCGAGGGAGUCAAGGCGUUGGAAACCACAGCACCGUUUUCACCGCCAUUCCUUCGUUUCGAAGGUGCCUGGAAGCUUCAGACAGUGGAAUGUUCAUAUGGCGCCGAUUGCUUGAGGAACCUGGUAGCAAUUGGCAAGCCGUCGUCACAGGAUCCCCAGAUUGAUCUCUCAGCGCUGCAGUCCAUGAAGAUCUACAUAGACAAGGCAAACGACAUACCUGCCGCCCGGGAACUUAUGCAAGUCGCAGGUUGUUCGCUCAAAGAAGUCCAUCUUGUUAGAAGCCACUUUGCAGGUGAGGAUGCCCAUCUAAACCCAACGCCGAGGGAAGGCUGA